AUGUUCGUUUCCCCCAUGAAGCUCCGUUUGAAUCUGAAUCCAGACUUGCUGGAAGUGCCUCUGGCCUCCUCGCAUCUGUUCACAAACGCCCGAGCUUUGGCCCGUCUAUUCACGGUCCUGUUGCCCUCGGGAGAAAAUAAGACUGUUCCCGGAACCAAUCAGUCCACUUCAAGCCAACAUCUGUUUCACUCGGACACAGUGAAACAGUUACUUCAAGUACAUCCCGACUCAGGUAGUCAUCGCCCGGAGUUCGAUUUGGUUCUGCAAAGAUACGUGCAGUUCACAACUUUUGGUCUAAUGGUUACCGAGUCACCCGAAAAAACUCCUUUGUUCGGAAUGUGGGAUGACAUCAUGGGUCAAGUUGUUUUUAUCGAUCCACACCGACAAAUCACUCUGGCCUAUACAACGAAUCAUGCUCACGGCCGAAGUCUGAAACGGGACUACAUUCUCCAUGAUCUGAUCAAAGCGGUCUACACGUGUUUGUACACGGAGACGAACUACCCCAAACCGUGA